AUGUCCGAGAAUCCAACUCGCCCGGUGCGGGAGCCGGUGCGGGAGCCGGCCAAAAGCAAAUCAAGCAAAUCCCGCAAAACCGACCCGAAUGCGCCGAUUCGGAAACGGCGCAAGAGAACGGUGGUGAGCGGUGCUCCAGAUGACUGCUUCACAUGCUCUAAGCGAGGAGCUCGAUGUGAUCGACGACGCCCGUACUGCUCCCAGUGCCUCGAACUCGGCCGCGAAUGCUCCGGGUACAAGACAACUCUUACGUGGGGGGUAGGAGUCGCCAGUAGAGGCAAGCUGCGGGGCCAGAAGCUCCCCGUCAUGGAUGAAGCGGCGAGCGAGUCCUCUGCGAAACCUUCCAAAGCACAGCAAUCGACGCCUCUCAGCAGCCAGAGUCAAGCCCAAUAUUCGUCACAAUCGUCCUCGACCACCCCACCGGCGGCAACGACAACUGGAAUGGGCUUCUCUUCAUUUGAUGCAGGAACCUUCCACUCGUUUGACUCUGAUUCUCGCCGUCCGUCAGCUGCGUCGAAUGUGCCCGAUGUGUCAAAUGGAAUGGCGUGGACAAUGGACAUGCCGGAUCCCCAGUCGUGGUCCAGCAUAUCUGCAGCGCCUCCUCAGAUAUCCGGGCUUCCAUUACCGACUCGACCGGCGGUGACGAGUCGUUCGAGCCCCAGCAUAUCUUCCGAGGUAACCCUUGCUUAUGCACCCACUUUAAGUCCCGACACUAGUUUCGCUAUACCAUCUUGGCCCGUUGCGAGGAACUGGGCGGGCUCAAACACGACGUCCCCGCAAGACGCAGAUGAGGAAAUUGACAGAAACAACCCACAAUAUUCAAUGCUGUGGGAUGCAAGUCAUUCGCCCUCGUAUUCCCAGCUACUUCUGGCAAGAUCCGUAGGGCGCACACCUCGCCUGCGGUACCUCAUCAGUUAUUUCGCCGAAGUCAUUGCCCCUAUGAUCGUUGCUUUUGAUACCCCGACAAACCCUUUUCGCACUCAUGUUCUUCGCCUGGCUCAAGGUAGCGAUGCCCUUCAAGAGGCAAUUGCGACCUUGGCCACGAGCAAUCUGCGACAGCGGCGAGAAAAGAAUCACAUGUCCACUGAGAGAACCCUCCCGGCACGUAUGUCAUCCUUGGCGCAUCGUGCCCUUACCGACGAGGUGUUCCAAGAUACAUACGGGAUCUCGAUGGUAGAGGGUUAUGCGCGGGAAGAAAAUCACCACCGCGGAAUGGCCGUGAAGGCCUUGAAUGCCGACUUGGCAGACCCCCAUCGCAGACUAUCAGACUCGGUAUUAGCCACACUGCUGAUCCUUUGCUUAUUUCAUGGCUGCGACACCGGUGUUGCUGAGUUUCAAACACAGUUUGCCGGCGUCACCAGGCUCCUCGCAAUUCGUAUGCGGCAUUCUCCCGUUCUGACAGAUGACCUCAAGUGGUUCAUUCGCAUGUUCUCAUGGUUUGACACGCUUACUGCAACCACAAAUGACCGUGAUGUACAGCUUCGCGGCAGGUGCCUGGAAAUCAGCUCGACCACCGAUGGCGAAUGGGGGUUGGAGAACUUGGCUGGCUGCGAUGGACGUCUCUUCAAGAUGAUCUCUCAGUUGGGCCGUUUGAACCUGCUCAGCCAGGACCAGAAGCCUAAUGAGUCUCGGCCAGCCGAUGUGACCAUUCCUACCGCCUCACUACCUCCCUCCAUGAUCUUCCCCGGCUGGGAUAGCGUCCCUUCAGCUGCUGAACCAGGAGCCACGGCGGGCGGUUAUGGAUUUUCCAUGCCCACUCCACCCCAAAGCAGUGACCAGGCCCGAAAGCCUUCGUCUCCUGCUUUCUGGACCGAAUGGCACUCAUUACGGCAACGCCUCGAAUCCUGGCGAUUCGAUCCACCAUCUGCGCCACCCGCUGAGGCCUCGUUCCCCUCGCCGCCUCUGUCCGCUUCCACCUUGUCUUUCAAUCCUUCCAACUUUACACCGACUCCUCCUACCCCACCCUCAUACCAGGUGGCUAGCGAGAAUCUUCAGGAUGUCUACCAGAUCUCUGAAUGCUUCCGCCACGCGGCGCUACUUUACUGCGAACGACUCGCCGAGCCAAGUCUCCCGUCGCAACAUCCUCGCAUCCAACACCUCGUCCUUCUUGCCAUGCACUGCCUCUGUGCUGUGCAGUCGGAUGUGUACCUUCUCUGGCCGCUGUUCAUCGUGGGUUCGGAAUGUGUUCAAGAAGACCACCGUUCCGUCAUUCGAAAUCGUUGUAAGGAUAUUUCAAAAGACUCUGGAUUCGUGAACAACAUCUCUUGUCUGGAACUGCUGGAAAAGAUAUGGGAAGAACAUUCUGAUGAAUCUUCAUACCCUGUCUAUCCAUCCGAAUUGGGACCUCCGCCUCCGCUGGAUGGAAGUGGGGCACCCGUUACUUCUCAAGCGUUCCGCUGGUCUCGCGUCAUGCAAGCCAAACGGGGUGAUGGGGAGUACAUGGUGGCAUAA